GGAGGACACGUUGCUUUCGGCCCAAAGUGGCUCCAAGUGUAUCAGACACAUUUCCACUAUCGGUAUUGACGACGGCAGUGCAUAAAUCUUUAACAGCCGGAGAAUUCAAGUUAAAUUUUUUCCCCCAGGAUCAACAUCAUGUCAAGUCGCGAUGUCGUCAUUGUUUCCGCAGUGAGAACUCCCAUUGGAACAUUCGGCGGAUCUCUCUCAUCCCUAAAAGCCUCGGAUUUGGGCAGCAUUGUAAUAAAAGAGAGUCUGGAAAGAGCGAACUUGAAACCAUGUCACGUUUCAGAGGUCAUCCUGGGUCAGGUAUUGACGUCAGCCCAGGGGCAAAAUCCAGCUCGUCAAGCUGCGAUAAAAGCAGGACUUCCCAUAUCUGUUCCUGCGUACGUGAUCAAUAUGAUCUGUGGCUCAGGCCUGAAAGCAGUGGCGAAUGCAUAUCUCGCCAUAAAAUCUGGGGAGCAUGAGGUGGUAGUGGCUGGAGGACAAGAGAGUAUGAGUCAAGCACCUCAUGCCAUUAACAUGAGAAACGGUCUUAGAAUGGGAGAUGGAACCCUAGUUGACACGAUGAUACUGGAUGGAUUGACUGAUGCUUUCAGUGGAGUACACAUGGGGGUCACAGCGGAAAAUAUAGCCAAGAAAUUCGAGAUAGAUAGGAGAGAACAGGAUGAAUAUGCAGCGAAAUCUCAGCAACGAGCAGGUGCUGCUAUAGCUGCUGGUUAUUUCAAAAAGGAAAUAGUGCCAGUAACGAUUCCAUCGAGAAAAGAACCGAUUGUGGUAUCCACUGACGAAUUUCCAAAGCCUGCUACGACUGUAGAAACCCUUGGGAGGCUUCGAACAAUAUUUUCACAGACUGAAGGUACAGUCACAGCUGGCAACGCAUCAGGAAUAAAUGAUGGCGCAGCAGCACUCGUAUUGAUGUCAGCAGAAUCAGCUGCUGAUAAAGGAAUUCCGACAUUGGGAAAAAUUGUGGCCAUAGCCGAAACAGGAGUAGAGCCUGAUAUCAUGGGAAUGGGCCCUGUCUCGGCAGUCGAAUUAGUACUAAAGAAAGCAAAGUGGACGAAAGAUGAAGUCGACCUUUACGAGCUGAACGAAGCGUUUGCAUCUCAAUCUUUAGCAUGCCUCAAAGAAUUGGCAUUAAAUCAAGAGAAAGUGAAUGUAAAUGGUGGAGCCAUUGCAUUGGGUCAUCCCAUUGGUGCCUCAGGUGCGAGAAUCCUGGUGACACUUAUCUAUCUUCUAGAACGAACUGGCGGCAAAAAGGGAGUCGCCUCAUUAUGUAUCGGAGGGGGAAUGGGCAUUGCACUGGCCAUUGAGAGACAAUAACGAAAUUAUUAUGCCAUAAUUCAUUAGACCAUCGACAACGAGAUCGAAUGAUCUCGAUGAUUUCUGCGUUCAAAACAAAAGUCUCUAAAAAUCACCGACAGAAUUAUCUUUGCAUCCCUCAACUGUAUUAUUUAUUUUGUCCAGUGGUUUCAUUCUCCUUGUUGUUAUUCAUUUGACUGUUACACUUUUUAUGACUAGAAUUGCGACUGCAUUCAAUUUGAAUGAACGGAAUAUGACAUCAUUACAAAUAAUUGAUAUAAUGACCAAGAAAAGUUCUUUGACAUGGACAUUGUAUUAUUGCGUGAAUUAUCCAAUUACCUCAGGAAGUUUCCUCUUUUGUAUUGAAAUAACCAGUAUUG